GUCUUGCCUUCAAAGAGCUCAUAGCUCUGAGAACAUUAGCAAGUGAACAGACAUAGUACACAGUGCUACAUGCUAUAUAUAGAGAAGGAGACACUGGCCCUCUGGGAAAAUCAGACAGGCAUGCGCUGGUGCAGGGGUUAGUGAAGAUUUCCCAGGAGAGGGAUGGUGGUUGAGCUCGGUAAUGAGAGUAAGGCUUAACUAGUUCAGAAAAGCAAAGAAGGAUGUUCCAACCAAAGAGAGCAGAAUGGGCAAAGACCAUUGGGAUAAGAGAGCACAGCCAACUUACUUAUAGUGUGGCGUGGCUGAAGGUAGGGCAUAAGAAGAUGGGCAGGAAAAGGUGAGGCUGUCAGGCUAGGCAGGGCCCUUCUUUCUGAUGUGCUUUUAUACACGUAAUUAUCCUCCAGAGAAACAUGGAUUGCACUGAUGCCCACAAGCAGGAUCACUGUUUGAUCUCCAGAGACUCAGCAUUUUUGAUCACUGGCUUGUUGGCUUUUAUGUGGCAUCAGAGCUACAUCCCAGCCCUGCACGGAUGCAGAAGAAGCUGGGUUAGCUCACUUUAAAAGCCAGAGUCUUUUAUUUAUCUUAGAGGGAGAGAGAGAAUCCUAAGCAGGCUCCAUGCUCAUUGCAGAGCGGGAUGCGGGGCUUGAUCCCAUGACCCUGGGAUCAUGACCUGGGGCAAAAUCAAAAGUCACUUAGCCUAACCAACUGAGCCACCUAGGUGCGGAGAGAGUCAUUUAAAGAUAAUGGCAGCUAUUUGACAUAUAUAAAUUUUUUUCUAAGUUGCUGUGGAAAUGAUAAUCAAACACUUUCAUUUAACAUAGCAAUUUCUCAUGUAUUUUUGAAAUCUCACAGUGUCUCAGGAAAACAGAUAUUCCAAUUGAUGCUUGAGCACAAAAUGUCACCCAUAGGAUUGCAUAAAUGCCCACUGUUUUUGGUAUUUUGCCUUAGAUCAAAAGUAUCUAAUAGAACCUUAAGAGAUAAUGAUGUUUCCAAGGAGUAGAAUAGCUUUCUUUUUAGCUCUUGUGAUGGAGGUCUUUCUUUGUAGAUCCAAAAAACCGUAUUGCUUGUGGUCUAUGUAAGGCUUAGCAAAUGAGUAAACUUUAGUUCCACAAAUAUCUGCUCAGGGACUGUUAUAUGCCAGAGCACUAUGUUAGGGAGUCUGGAUGAAUUAAACACAGUCCCUCUCCUCAAGAAGCUCAAACCAGUAGAACACAGGCCCAGAAAUAAAUCAGUAGUGGAACACUGAGUCAACAAAGAUGUGGAAGGUGCCAAGGUAGCAAGGGAAUUAUUAGUUGCUGGUCUUUGUUCUGUGCAUAAAUAUAUUUUUAAAAACAGAAAUAGUAAAUUUCUUAUGUACUGUUUGUAACUUUCAAAUCAGUAAAAAAAUUUAGGAUUUUAAUGACUGCAUACGUUCCAUGGUGCAGAUGUGUCAUAACUUAUUUAAUAACACCCCUGUUGGACAUUUAGGUUGUUUCCAGUUGUUUUGCUAUUACCAACUGAGCUGCUAUGACUUUCCUUGGAAGUGACUCUGCGUGCUUCUGUAACUUCCUCAGGGUGAAUUUUAGAAAUAAGAUUUGAGCUGGCUUUUGAAAGAUGAGUGGGAGUGCACCAGGUACAAAGAAAAGGAAGAAAGUAAGAAACGGCAUUCCAGGUAGAGGCAAUAGAGGCAGCCUUCAUUGCCAGAGUUCACAGGCAACUGUUGCAACCAAGGCAAUGUCUUACUACCUCAACUCAGAAAACCACCUGGACCCAGGACCUAUCUAUGUACGAGAAAACGGUCAGCUACACAUGGUCAAUCUGGCCUUGGAUGGUGUCAAGAGUAGCCUGCAGAAGCCAAGGCCUUUCAGACUGUUUCCCAAAGGCUUCUCUGUGGAGCUUUGCAUGAACAGGGAAGAUGAUACUGCACAGAAAGAGAAGACUGAUCAUUUCAUCUUUACAUAUACCCGGGAGGGGAAUCUUCGGUACUCUGCCAAAUCUCUCUUCAGCCUCGUCCUGGGCUUUAUCUCCGAUAAUGUUGAUCAUAUUGAUUCCCUUAUUGGCUUUCCUGAGCAGAUUGCUGAAAAGCUGUUCUCUGCUGCAGAAGCCAGACAGAAAUUCACAGAGCCAGGUGCAGGGCUGAGGGCUUUACAGAAAUUCACUGAGGCCUAUGGAAGUCUGGUGCUUUGCUCCCUGUGUUUGCGAAACAGAUACCUGGUGAUUUCAGAAAAACUUGAGGAGAUUAAGUCUUUCCGGGAGCUGACCUGCCUGGAUCUUUCCUGUUGCAAGCUUGGAGAUGAGCAUGAACUUCUAGAACAUCUCACCAAUGAGGCCCUGUCUAGUGUAACUCAACUCCACCUGAAGGAUAAUUGUUUAUCUGAUGCCGGGGUGCGGAAAAUGACAGCACCAGUUCGAGUGAUGAAAAGAGGCCUUGAAAAUCUAACAUUAUUAGACUUAUCUUGUAAUCCUGAGAUCACAGAUGCGGGCAUUGGAUACCUCUUCUCUUUUAGAAAACUAAACUGUUUAGAUAUUUCUGGGACAGGGCUCAAGGACAUCAAAGCCAUCAAACACAAGCUCCAGACUCACAUAGGCCUUGUCCACUCCAAAGUGCCUUUGAAGGAAUUUGAUCACAGUAACUGCAAGACAGAGGGCUGGGCUGACCAGAUUGUUCUGCAAUGGGAGCGUGUGACUUCAGAAGCUGUGAAGCCACGAGAAACCGGGGAGCCUCGAACAGCAGCUCAACACUUCUAUGGCAAGCGGGCUCGAACAGAAGCCCCUGUGAAGUGUGCCCUGACAGAUACCCACAUGAACUCUUCUGAGAAACUCCAGUUCUAUAAAGAGAAAGCCCCAGACUGCCAUGGGCCACUAUUGAAGCGCGAAGCUGUCUCAAGCCAGGAGUCAAAGAAGAGCAAGAAGAGAGCUUUUGAAGAGCCAGAGAAGGAACAGAGCAACUCUUCACAGUCUUCAAAGCAGAAAUACGUGUGUCUUGCUGUGGAAGACUGGGACUUGUUAAAUUCCUACUGAUUGGUAGAUAGGAGUUGACCUCUUUCCCCCUACUCUUAUGUAUGAGGAAAGGGGGCUGAUGGUGUUUUCCUUUUUGUUUGACUUUACCUAUGGCAUUAGCAUAGCAAGUGGAUAUUUCUACUUUUGUGGUGGGGGAGGGGAAUGCUAUGGAAGUAUGUAAUAAUUUCUAAUGUAUAUUUUCAAUACAUAGUAAUUUUUUCAAAUAAACGUUUUUGCUGUCCUUAA